CCAAUUACAUUAGUCGCUGAAGCUUUUGGGAAUUUGUGAAAGUAAUUGGCUUGUAGUUGCUAAGAGUUGUUGUACAUUGAUUGUUCUAUUUUAGUUUUGAGAUAUCGUUCUUUGAAUUACUCUGCUUUAAGUGUUUCCCUUGUAACCUUUAGUUGCAAUUUGACUCGCUAGAGAAACGAUAAGAAAUACUAUCUUGUAUGUAUUAAUGUUGCUUCAGAAUUUGUAUGCUGUCUUGUUUUUUUAGAGUAAAAGCCAUGUCUUUCUUCAAUGAUGAUUUUCUCGUGUACUUGUUUCAGCUCUAGGUUUUAGUCCAUGGAACAUAAGCUUAAUUGUUUUUGAAUUGAAAAACACGGAAAAACGGUCUAUUUCCCCCCCGAGAACUAUCGCAUCAUAACAGAUGCAGCCCAAACUUUGACCCCGAUCCUAAUGUCCCUGAAAUUAAAGUUCAAUACCUAUUUCCCCCCGAAUCAAAAGUUCAAUUCUUAAAUCCCCCCGAAUCAAAAGUUCGAGAGUUACAAUCCCACGGUUCCGGGUUUAGUCGGUUUACCUAAAGCCUAAACCCAAAGCUAAACCAAUUAAAUGUUAUGUUAACCAGAAUAAACCCUAAUCUACCCAAUUUCGACCCGAUUUCACUCUUUUAACCAAAACCCACUACCCGAUUUCACUCUUUUAACCAAAACCCAUCAAAUCGAAAACCGAAACCCUAAAAUCAGAACUUCAAAAAAUCCCCAAAUUUCCCGACGAACCCUAGAGAGAAAUUUAGAGAGAUCGAAGCUUCCAAUCUCUGGUGCUCUCAAUCGAAGGAUGGCUGUAGUCGUUCGUGACCCGAAUAUUGAUCCUAUUGGUGAUGUUGAUCCUGAAGGUGAAGACAGAGACCAAUUUCACAUCGAAGAAAUGUUGAAUGAGUGGACUGACGAACCUCAUAUUCGCCACGACGAGUACCCAGAGAGCGAUGCUGAAGAGAAUGGCGAUGGUCCUGAGAGAUUUCAUACCCAUAUCAGACGAGGUGAUGGCCAUUUGUACCCGAAGCAAACUUUCUUCAGUGGAGUUGCUUUCAAGGAGGCGGUAGUUGACUAUGCUCUUAGGACAGGAUGCAAUCUAAAGCAGUACAGGUAUGAUAAUGAUAAAAUUGGCUUUAAAUGUGUUGGUAACGAUGGUAAGGAGGAAGGAGUACGGUGUGAGUGGCAAGUUUAUGCCGCGAUUCUUCCUAAAGAUCAAAUGUGGAAGAUUAGGAAGUUUAUUGAUAAACAUAGCUGCAUCCCUAAUGGAGAGUGUGAGAUGUUUAAGGUGCCACAUAUAGCUAGGCUGUUCGUUGAUAAGAUUAGGGAUAAUCCAGAAUUCUACUUGCCAGCUAAGAUUGAAGAAGUGAUAAAGGAACAGUGGAAGAUCAGUGUGACUAGGAAUCAAUGUCAGGCUGCGAGAAAGAAGGCAAGGCAAUGGAUUGAGAAGGAGUAUGAUGAUCAGUUCGCGAGAUUAAGAGAUUAUGCCGCUGAAAUACUUGAUUCUAAUCCGGAUUCACAUGUAGAAGUUGAUUGUCUGACCAAUGAGGAAGGUAAAGACAUGUUCAAUAGGUUUUAUGUCUGUUUUGAUAAUCUAAGAAAGACUUGGAAGGAGAGCUGUAGGCCUCUUCUAGGUAUUGAUGGCUGCUUUUUAAAGAACAAGGUAAAGGGACAGUUGUUGGUAGCAUUGGGUAGGGAUGCUAAUAAUCGCAUCUAUCCUGUGGCAUGGGGAGUAGUUAAAGUAGAGAAUACAGAGAAUUGGGUUUGGUUUGUGAAGAAUUUGAAGGAAGAUUUGGGAUUAGGUGAUGGUGAAGGCUACAUCAUGCUUUCAGAUAGGCAGAAGGGUUUGAUCAAAGGUGUUCAUCUUGAGUUGCCAAACAUAGAGCAUAGGAUGUGUGUUCAACACAUAUAUGGUAACUUGAAAAAGAAUCAUGGAAGUAAAAGCCGCAUGAAGCCACUGUUAUGGGAUUUAGCUUGGGCUUAUAAUGAGAAAGAUUAUAAGCAGAAACUAGAGAGGAUCUUCUGCUAUGACACAGUUGUCUUCAAUGACAUCAUGAAGACAAAUCCAAUGAGUUGGUGCAGGGCAUUCCAUAAGAGAGGCAGCUACUGUGAGGAUGUGGACAACAAUUUCACUGAGUCUUUCAAUGGUUCUCUGAACAAGGCAAGAGAGAAGCCAUUUGUGGCUAUGUUAGAGACUAUAAGACGACUUGCUAUGGUGCGGAUUGCAAAGAGGUCUGUGGAAUCUCAUACUUACACAGGGAGCUGCACUCCUUAUGUUGCAUUAUUUCUCUCAAAAGAACACAAGUUUGCUUCUUUGGCAAAAGUGACUACAAGCACCAAUGGGAUGUAUGAAGUCAGGCAUGGUAUUGAUUCUCAUCGUGUGUGCUUGAAAAGCUACACAUGUACAUGCCAGAAGUGGCAGAUCUGUGGCAUCCCGUGUGAGCAUGCGUAUGGAGUGAUCUUGGACAAGAAGCUUGCACCAGAGGACUAUGUGUGUCAUUGGUUCAGGACAUCAACCUGGAAAAAGAACUACACUGACGGUUUGUGUCCACAGAGAGGUCCUAAGUUCUGGCCUGAGACUAAUGCUCCUGCUGUCUUUAAUCCACAGCCACCAGAAGGAGAGAAGAAGAUGACAAAAGAGGAUAAGAAGAGGAAGAAGGGUGUCAAUGAGUCUCCAACUAAGAAGGCAGCAAAGAACAAGAAACGGAUCAUGCAUUGUGGCAUUUGUGGGAUAGCUGAUCACAAUUCUAGGGGAUGCCAGAAGAAAGCUAAGGCUUCUCAAUCUGUUUUGCAGCCUUCUCAACCUGAACCAAGUCAAGGUUCACUCACUCAAGCUUAAUCAAGUAGUAGCUAAGUAGAUGUAGGGCACUAAUGUGGUUGUCUCAUUCUAAUUUUCGAUCACAUAUGACUUGUGUAUCCCUCUGUUUUGUAAACCUUUUGAAUGUUUCGGAUGGAUGAUUGUUUCUUUGUUUUGUAAACCUUUUGAAUGAUUUAAAGAAUGGUUUAAAGAAUGUUUGUUUCUCUUGUUUUGUUUUGAAUGUUUGGUUGUCUGUUAUGACCAAUUCUGAAAAACACAUCAUGACCAAACUA